AGAAUCCAAAACUUAUUUCAAAAUGUCAUGUUUUUUGAAUGCUUGGGGUUGGUAAUGCUAUAACAUUUUGGGAUGGGUUGGGGAAACACUGAUGGAAGGAAGGGCCUAUACAUAAUUUGGGAUAGUAGUUAGGAAACUAAAGUUGCAGUGAUGAGCUAUCGUAGCUGAGGGUAGCUUCACAAAUAUUUAAAGUGUGAGCAUACGUAUUGUAAUGCAAAUCUGCAGAAUUUCAACAAAUGUUAGUUUUCCAGCAUGUUUUUAGAGGUACCCCACUAUCUCUACUUCUGAAUGGUGGUGUCCUUUAAUGGAUGCUGCACGUCAGGCAUUCCAGGCUGCAGAUGUAGUUUGAGACACGCAAAUACAGCAUUUGAAUGCCAGAAGAAUUUCCUAUUAAGGUAUUUACUUGUCAAUCCAAGAAAAAGAUCCUAAAACACCAGGAUGUGCCUCAAUAGAUUUAAAAGUCUGGUCUCCAUUAACAGUACAUACAAAUAGCUUAUAACAGGUUAGUACACAAUGACUGUUUUUGACAAAUAGUUUAUAACAAUCGAUAAGAAUUAAGGUCAACGGGACAAUGUGUUGCUUGUAAUCAUGGCCUAUAAACUUCUAACAGUCUCUACUGAUGUGCUUAUAACCUACUACAAUACAUGCCAUUAAUGUCUGUAACAUGCUUCUAACAUCUGAUAAUCAUUUAUUAACCCAUAUGUGGAAUCUUGCUACCAAGUGUGACUGAAAGUUUUUUCCAUUUAGUGAAAUACUGACUUGAAACAGCUCUGUUUUAAAAAAUUGUCAUUAUCUUAUGAGGAAUAGAUUUCUCCUUAAGAUGUCCAUAGAGCUUUCCCAAGAAUUUUGGAUGUUAUAUCUCUUUCUCCUGCCCUUUGGAUGUGUUGGCUAUUUGGAGUGUAAGCUCUUUGGGGCAAAGCCUGUCUCUUAAUGUGUGUAUAUACAGCACCUAGUGCAAUGGGGCUCUGCUCUCAGUGGAUCACCAGGUAUUACUGGAAUAAACAUAACUUGAUUAAUGCAUUUUUCUUUAGUGACAAGUACUUGAUAAAUGUUGAUGUGAUACUUGUAAGGUUUAAUAUUCUUAUCUUGACAUUUUGUCAUUACAUUCUUAAAUGCAAUGGACCUCUCGCACACUGUUUUUUGCAUUUGAUGACGUGUUGAUAGAAGUGUGUGUGUAUCCGUGGUCUCUGUAGAACAGUCUUUCUGUGCUUCCUUAAGUGUUAGCAAGAUUGGAAUCUAUCAUGCACAUAAGUAUGCAUCUGAGUGCUUCAAUUUAUUUCAGUGGCACUACACGUGAGUAGGGUUACACACCUGCCUAAGUGCAUAACCCAUUCUGAUAGCGUGGCUAUCUGUCCACUUCCAGAGUCUGGAGCACAGCAUAGAUGUCAGAUCUGCUACUGUUUCUGAUGUAAUGCCACUGCUUCUUUAGCUCUAGCAGUAAGAAAGUCAUGGUUUUAGCUCCAGCAGUCCCAGAUCCAAUCCCCACAGAUGGCCUCAGCAGGGCAUCAUUGGAAGUGUUUGCAGGAUCAGGGCCUUGGGUGUCCAAUCCAUUCACAUUUGCUUGAUUAAUUCACAUGCCAGGGGCACAGAGGGAAGCUCCUUGCAUAGACAAUCAGCUUCAGCCUCUCUGCCUGGCUCUUGGCUGCCCACAUCAUUCCAUGCAAAUGUGCACACACUCUGCACCACCCAGGAAGCAGCUUUCUUGUUUAGUAACAAUUCUCAUUUCCUUCCAUGAGUGCGAGAAUGGGUCAUCACCACUUCAGAGCUGUCAGUCAUGUGGAAGAGAUGAGGCGUAUGACUGGUGCGUGGGAGACGGAUGAACAGAACUUCAGACCAUCUAUGGGAAAAACUGGAGACAGCCUGAUACAGUCAAAACACUUAUAAAUAUCCAAUAUCCAUGACUCUUCAGGGAUCUUCGCCUUUCUUUGGGAUGAUAACAAGCCUCAUUAGAUCCUCUCCAGUAACCUAGAUACUGUCCAUUGGGGGAGACAGAGGUGAGACUGCCCUUGUACUGGGAGACAACUCAUUGCUUUUGCAUCACAUCACUUCAUUUCUCUCAGGGCUCACUGGCUUGACGACAAUGUGCGUAGGGAAGUGCACUCGGAUUCUGGGCCCAUGCCUCAUUGCCUUGGGUGUGCUUUCCAUUGCUGCCAACGUGCUCCUCCUCUUCCCCAGCUGGACGUGGAGCUAUGUGAAGGAGGGCCGCAUCACCAAACAGGCUAUGCAAGUGCCAGGAGUCUGGGGAGGAGGCAUAAUUGUUCUUCUGGCCGCAACUGAGAUCAUGGCUGUUGGGUGGCGCUGUGGCCGUUCCUCCGACCAUGGAACUUGCCAGAAUAUGUUCCUUUCCAUUGUAUUGUCGGGGCUGGCGUUGCUGGGAUCUACUGCUUGCUUUAUCCUUUCGGGUGUGGGCUUGACAAAUGGACCCCUCUGUCUAUACAAUCAGACUGAAGUCCCGAAGUGGGAUUACCCUUUCGUAAACAUGGAAAACCAGGCCUUCCACACCAGGGCUCAGAAUUAUUUGUAUGACCCAUCACUCUGGAAUUCAGUCUGCAUCGAGCCCCCAAACAUUGUAGCCUGGAACAUCUACUUCUUCUCCAUUCUGCUGGUCAUCAGCGUGGUCGAAAUGGUCCUGGCUUCUCUUCAGAUCAUCAAUGGCUUCUUUGGAUGCCUCUGUGGCUUAUGUGAAGGCAAAUAGGUUCAGUGCACAUCAGAUUCCUGAGUUGCCUGGAUUUUGCUAUGCCGAGUAGAGGAGGCAUUUACAAAGGGGUGAUCAUCCCAGAGCUUUGAGCCUCCUGCAUCAGCUACACCUGUGCAAAUAUUAAACCGAUCAUGGUCUCCUGGGUAGCCAUAUUAGCUCAUCACUACAAGGAUAUUUAAUACACACUAGAAUCACUGCCACCAUUUUAUUCCUGGGUGGCAACUAGAGCUGGAUAUCAGACUUACACUUUUGUGUUAUGGAUUACAAUGUAGUUUCUGUAUGAACACAUUGUACUGAAUUGAUGGGGCCAUUAUAUGAAUACCCUCUGAUUUCUACAGACGCAAACCCAGGAGGAAGCGGAAAUAAUCCAUGCUAGCUGUUUACCUUUGUCUGGGAAGGGUGUGAUGUUCCUUAGCACCAGAUUCAGGAAAUGCACAGACCCUUUGUCAAGGGAAGAACACUGUGCAAGCCUGGGACAUAGACACAACAAAUUCUGCACGUGCAAGGGAUCGCUUUGAAGAACAAAUGAAUCCUGAGUCAUCUGAUCUGGUUUUUCCCACCCUGCAGUUUCUUCUGUGCUGAUGCAAUACCUCUGGAUAGUGGCUUGAAACUGGCCUGUCUGAGGGCUGCUGAUUAACAGAGAGAUUAUGGAUGGACCAUGUGACCCUUACGCUGACAUUUUUGCUAAGGACAGAGAGAGGGAAGGGGGCAUCAGUUGGGACCAAUAACCUUUCUGACCUUUAUUCAUCAUAACAAAGCAAAAUAGCCACAAGCCCCAUUUUUCUGUUUGCACAACCCAUAUGACUGUAGCUCAUGUAGCAAUAUUUAUAGUGACAUUAGUCCAAAAUGUGGUUUAUUUUUUCACUGUCUUUUAAUUUAUUAAUUUAUCUAAUACAUCUGCAUUUAGACAAACUGAGUUGGAGCCUUCUGGAUGCUUCCAUUGGGUUUGAUCGUUAUUUGGCAUCUCUGAAGAGUGAGAAACCAAUUCCUGGGCUCUGGGUUAGGACCAACGUUCCCUCUAAUUUUUUCCAUCCAUGUGCGGAAUAAAUUUUGUUAUGUGCACCAAGAUAAUG